AUGAUAUCAAUAAUUGUUGCACUUUUUUUCUUCUUAUGCAUAGCCUUCCAAAUUCAUCGUCGAAAACUUUGCAAGUAUCCAGUUUUUAUAGAUUAUCCUUUCUUAGGCAUGUUUCCACCAGUCCUUUGGAACUUGUGGAGAAUUCAUGAUUUUGUAACUGAGGCAUUGAAACAGCAACAUAGGAGCACUUGUGAGUUCAUGGGACCUUGGUUUACCAACAUGAACUAUUUGGUCACUAGUGAUCCCAUCAACGUGCAUCACAUAAUGAGCAAGUGUUUUGAUAACUACGUGAAAGGCGAUGAGUUUCACGAGAUUUUUGAAGCAUUUGGAGAUGGAAUAUUUGCUAGUGAUUCAGAGGUAUGGAAAUACAAUAGGUCUCUUUUUCAUUCAAUUUUCAAACAAAAAGAUUUUGAACUCUUUCAAGAAAAAAUUAUUCAAAACAAGAUGGAGAGAAGCUUGAUUCCUUUGUUGGAUCAUGUUCAACAACAAGGGUUGGUGGUUGAUUUACAAGAUAUAUUCAACCGCUUCACAUUCGACAACAUUUGUUCCAUAGUUCUUGGAUGCGAUCUGAAUUGUCUUUCCAUUGAGUUUCCUGAUGUUGCUUGUGAGAAGGCUUUUAACCAAAUUGAAGAGUGCAUAUUCUAUAGACAUAAAGUGCCUAAAAGUAUUUGGAAGUUGCAAAAAUGGCUUCAAAUUGGUGAAGAGAGAAAUAUGACCAAUGCAUGCAAAAUCUUUGAUGAAUUUAUAUAUGCAAAUAUAGAGUCCAAAAGAGAGGAGCUAAGAAAAAGUAGCAAAAAUAUUGAAAUGGUUGAUUUGCUAACAACUUUGAUGAAAGAAGAUAAUGGAUCGCAAGUCGUGGUACACGAUGACAAGUUUCUAAGAGAUGCUGCUUUCAAUCUCUUUGUAGCAGGAAGAGAUACAAUAACUUCAGCACUUACAUGGCUCUUUUAUCUUAUUUCUACACACCCUUUAGUAGAAACCAAGAUUCUUGAAGAGAUUAAAGAAAAUUUUGGGAGAAUUGAUAUUGAAAAGAAUUUAGGAGUGGAUGAGGUGAAGAAGUUAGUGUAUCUUCAUGGUGCUAUAUGUGAGGCUGUGAGGCUUUUUCCUCCUAUACCUUUUGAGAGAAAGCAAGCAAUGAAAGGUGACAUACUUCCAAGUGGCCACAUUGUUAACCCUAAUACAAUGAUAGUGAUUUCAUUGUAUUCAAUGGGGAGAUUUGAAGAUGUAUGGGGAAAAGAUUGCUUGGAGUUCAAGCCAGAGAGAUGGAUAUCUGAGAGAGGAGGCAUUGUUCAUGCACCAUCAUACAAGUUUAUAAGUUUUAAUGCUGGACCUAGGACUUGUUUGGGAAAAGACUCUUCCUUCAUUCAAAUUAAGAUGAUAGCAAUUUCAAUUCUAUGCAACUAUCGGGUUCGGUUAGAGGAAAAUCAUACUCCUUCGUUGAGUCAUUCUAUCGUACUUGUUACGAAGAAUGGUUUGAAGGUUCGGAUUGAAAAAAGAUAG